UUUUUCACAUUAAAAGAAAAUGGAAGACUUUAAAAACAAAUAAGAUGGUGGUACUGUAUCACUGUUUGUCUAAUAGGAUUUACCACUCUCUAUUAAUGUGCGCAUCUGCAGAUCUGAAGAAGAGAACCAGGGACCAGAAGAUCAUCUUAAUGGCCAUCUUGGAUGGCUGUGCAAAAGGACGUCCAAGAUUUUAUCAAGGCCACCAACCAUCCUGUGAAGAAAAGUUGUUUUUCUUUUUUAACAAACUCAUUUAAGAUUGCUCUGCAGUACUGAAUGUUUCAGUCAUUGAUGUGCAUAAAUGGGACUCGGCCACUGGAUUUUCGUAUACCCUUAAUAGGAAAUGGAAACUAGAGGUUAAAAGGUACUGCAAUCUAGGCAAAAACUUGAUAUUUCUUUUUAUUUAUAGGUCUCUUAGACCCCAAAGAGGCGGAGCUGUUAUCAGGGACAAAUCCACCACUUCAAAGAAUAUUUAUAUUAGUGGAAUGAUUUGAAGGUGAAGUGAAAGAGAUGUUAGCUUGUCAAGAGAAGCAAGACUGCAAUAGGCUAGAAAGGGGAAAGACAAGAAACCAGAAUCAUAUUUUGGUGAAGCAAUAUCUCAUCUCCCCCAUCCAUGCAUGCCGAUGCACAAGAUAAGGAGGAGUUAGGGUUUUCAAACAUUGGGAAAUGGAUUUUUUUGUUGUUUUCCAUGCUUUUCCAACUACUUUAUAUACCCAUCACCACCAUUUGAGUGUUUUGAAGAUAUGGAGGGAAGGCUGUUUUGUUUCUUGUUGGCUCUUCAAAUAGUAAGAUGGAGUUGUGCAACGAGCAGGCCUUUAGCACCAAAUGACGGCUUUGGUGCUCAUCAACCAGACCAGAAACCAGAGGCUUUACAAGUUCCCUUGAACUCAAAAGAAAUCUCCAUGGAAAGAAGUGGCGCCAUAAAUGGCGAAGGGGAGAAUAAGGUGGGGAUAGGGUCAAGUCCUCCAAACUGUGAGCACAAAUGUUUUGGAUGCACCCCUUGUGAAGCCAUUCAAGUGCCUUCUACUACAAGUAAGCGAAUCCAUGUGGAUCCGCAAUAUGCAAAUUAUGAACCCGAGAGUUGGAAAUGCAAGUGUGGUCCGUUCUUUUAUAGUAGCCACAACCGACCUCGCUGCUCACAUCUCAGACUUCAUCAUAUUUCUCCUCUUCCAGUUUGAUUCAGAUGAUCUCUUAAACCAGUUGUAAAAAAAAAGGAAUUCCAAAUUCAUUUUGUCUCGGUUUCAAUGCUCUACUUACAGAUGAUUUCCUAAUAUUUGACUGAAUUCCAAGCCAGUUUAUUCUUUUUCUG